AUGAGUCCAGUUCAGUAUCUGAGAGAGUUCAUCAAGGAGAGACUAACUGCUGUUUGUGAAGAAAUCUUCUCAGAGGUUCAAAAAACCAUCGUCCAGCAUGAGGAGAUCAACCGUCAGCACAGACUGCUGGAUAUCAGCCGGAAACCCGACAGAAACUCACACAUCAUAGACCUCCCACAACAACAUGACUGUGAGGAAGAGGAGGGUCUGGAUGAGCAGCAGGUCUGUAACCAGGAGAGGAACUCCAGUCUGGACCAGGAGGACCCAGAGCCUCCACAGAUUAAAGAGGAACAGGAGGAACUCUGCAGGAGUCAGGAGGGAGAGCAGCUUGGACUGAAGCAGGAGGCUGAAGACAUUAUUGUCUGGACUGGGGAAGAGCAGCUCAGGCUGGUGGAGAUAGUCUGGAAACCUGAGAUGCACUCACACAGAAUAGACCUUCACCAGCAGAGUGUCCGUGAAGAGGAGGCGGUCACCAGAGAGAAGCAGGUCUGUAACCAGGAGAGGAACUCCAGUCUGGACCAGGAGGACCCAGAGCCUCCACAGAUUAAAGAGGAACAGGAGGAACUCUGCAGGAGUCAGGAGGAAGAGCAGCUUGGACUGAAGCAGGAGACUGAUACUUUCAUGGAGACUCCGACUUAUGGGGAAAGUGACCACAGUGAACCAGAACCAAACAGUGAGCAGUUCAUUUCUCACAUCUCUCCUGAAGCAGAGAGCCGAGAUCAUGACGAAAGCCAGCGUGUGGACUCAGGAUCAGCUAGAAAUGCAAAGCUGAAAAAGAAUAGAUAUGACAGAAAGAGAAGUCACAGUCAGAGAGUAAACAACACUUCUGUGUCAGAGAGUCAGAGUAAACCUCAGAACAGGCAUAAGCAUCUGAUAUGUGACAUAUGUGGAAAGCUUUGUCAAAGGAAAUCCAAAUUGAUUAGACAUCAGAGAAUUCACACAGGUGAGAGACCGCAUUCCUGUAACACCUGUGGGAAAAGAUUCAUUCAGAAAUCACAUUUGAGUAGUCAUGUAAAAAUUCACACAGAUGAGAAGCCACAUCUUUGCAGGACCUGUGGAAAAAGAUUCAAACUAAACUCUGCAUUGCAACGUCAUGUAAGAAUUCACACAGGUGAGAAACCGUAUUCCUGUAGCAGCUGUGGGAAAAGAUAUAAGCGGCUUGAACAGGUAAAGACUCACAUGAAAAUUCAUGCUUUGUCCUGUCCCCCUGGCAGAAAAACACCCCCAAAGCACAAUGUUCCCACCUCAAUGUUUAACAUUGGGGACGGUGUUCUUGGAGUUAUAGACCAUAUAGUUUUAGGCCACCUCCAACAGCAACAUGUCAUUGAGAAGGAGGAGGUUCUUACAGACCAACAGGUCUGUAUCCAAGAAAGGAACUCCAGUCUGACUGAGGAGUACCCACAGCCUCCACAGAUUAAAGAGGAACAGGAGGAACUCUGCAGCAGUCAGGAGGGAGAGCAGCUUGGACUGAAGCAGGAGACUGAUGCCUUCAUGGUGACAGCCGCUUAUGAGGAAAGUGCACACACUGAAUCAGAAGCAAACGGUGAGCAUCUCCUUUCUCACAGCUCUCCUGAAGCAGAGGGCCGAGAUCAGAAAGCAAGCCAGCAUGUGGACUCAGGAUCAACUAGAAAUGCAGAGCUGAAGAAGAGGAGACAUCACAGCAACGGAAGUCACAGUCAGAGAGUAGACAACCCUGCUAUUUCAGAGAGUCAAAGUAAAACUGACACAAGGAAAAAGUCUCUGAAAUGUGACGUCUGUGGAAAACAUUUUCAGUUUAAAUGCCACCUGAAUGCACAUCUCAGAAUUCACACAGGUGAGAAACCGUAUUCUUGUAGCACCUGUGGGAAACAAUUCCGUCAGAUAUCAGCUUUGAAAAAUCAUGGUAACUGUUACACAGGUGAGAAACCAUAUCCUUGUAGCACUUGUGGAAAAAGAUUUUCCUAUAAAUCACAUUUUGAGUCUCAUGUAAGGAUUCACACAGGUGAGAGGCCCCAUAUCUGUACCGUCUGUGGGAAAAGAUUCAGUCGGCGUGCACAUUUGUAUUAUCACUUAAAAAUUCAUACAGGUGAGAAGCCGUAUCUUUGCAGCACCUGUGGGAAAGGAUUCAGAGAGAACUAUGAGUUGCAACGUCAUUUAAGAAUUCACACUGGUGAGAAACCGUAUUCCUGUAGCAUCUGUGGGAAAAGAUUCAGUCAUCUCGGACACGUAAAGAGACACAUGAAAAUCCAUAACCUCCCACAUCAUCAUGACUGUGAGGAAGAGGAGGGUCUGGAUGAGCAGCAGGUCUGUAACCAGGAGAGGAACUCCAGUCUGGACCAGGAGGACCCAGAGCCUCCACAGAUUAAAGAGGAACAGGAGGAGCUCUGUAGCAGUCAGGAGGGAGAGCAGCUUGGACUGAAGCAGGAGGCUGAAGGCAUUAUUGUCUGGACUGAUGAAGAGCAACUCACACUGCUGGAGACCAUCUGCAAACCUGUGAUAAAGUUACACAGAAUAGACUUCCUACAGGAGGAUGUCUGUGAGGAGGAGGUUCUUGCAGACCAGCAAGUCUGUACCCAAGAGAGAAACUCCAGCCUGGACAAGGAGGACCCAGAGCCUCCACAGAUUAAGGAGGAACAGGAGGAGCUCUGCAGCAGUCAGGAGGGAGAGCAGCUUGGACUGAAGCAGGAGGCUGAUACCUUCGUGGUGACUCAAUCUUAUGAGGAAAGUUCCCACAGUGAGCCAGAACCAAACAGUGAGCACCUCCUUUCUCACAGCUCUCCUGAACCAGAGAGCCGAGAUCAGAAAGAAAGCCAGCAUGUGGACUCAGGAUCAACUAGAAAUGAAGAGCUGGAGAAAAGGAGACGUUACAGUAAAAGAGUAGGCAAAGAGAGUCAAAGUAAAACUGAAAGGAAAAUGUCCCUAAAAUGUGAAACUUGUGGAAAAACCUUCGAGUUUAUAUCCUGCCUUGCUGCACAUUUAGAAAUUCACGCUAGUGAGAAAAUGUAUUCUUGUAGCACGUGUGGGAAAAAAUUUGAUCAGAAAUCUGCAUUGGAUCGUCAUUUAACAAGUUAUCUAGGUCAGAAGAUGUAUUCUUGUAGCAUCUGUGGGAAAAAAAUGCACUCUAAAGCCUACAUGCCUACACAUAUGAGACUUCACACGGGUGAGAAACCGUAUUCUUGUAGCAUCUGUGGGAAACGAUUCAAUCAGAAAACAGGAUUGAAAACUCACAUAAGACGUCACACAGGGGAGAAGCCGUAUGUUUGUAUUAACUGUGAGAAACGAUUUGCAGAUAAAACAGCACUGGACUGUCACUCAGUAAUUCACACAGGUGAGAAACCAUAUUGCUGUAACAGCUGUGGAAAAAAGUUCAAUCGGAACGCAAACUUAAAGACGCACAUGAUGAGAAUUCAUACUGGUUAAAGUUUCAUGCUUAGAAAAUGUGGGACACUGUGACUUACCCCCUAUUUCUUUUUUCUUUUUCAAAAUUGUCAGCACUUUGUUCUUCUGUUCAUUGGAUUAAAAUGAAGGCUCCGAUAUCAUGUUGGCUUCCUUUCUUUACUCAACCACACACUUAACUAGGGCUGUGCGAUAUGACCAAAAUCUCAGAUCCCGAUAUAAGACAUUUAUCGUCCCGACAACGAUAUAUAUCACAAAAUUUACAUUUUCUAUAAAUUAUGUGAAUCUUGGGCAACUCGUGUGUUUUCAGCUGGGCAUUGUGUAACUUAUGCUGAGUGUUUUGACAGAUGAAUUAAACUAUAUAAUUUGUAACGGCCGCUAUUUUCUUUUUUUAAUAUUUGCUACAUAGCGUGCUGCUGGGAAAAGCCUGUUCUUUUUUUGGACAACUUUAUUUAUGAUUUUCCAAUGUGACAGAUAGUAGGUGGCUUUAAAGAAGAAAAAAAAGGUAAAGGCCUGUUCUAACGUUUGAGUCUAAGGUUUAUUUUGUCAGGGUUCGUACAGGUGCUUGAAAUCCUUGAGAAUGCUUGAAUUUGACCCUGAGACAGGUGUCUGAACCCUGUUUUGAGCACCUGACGGCUCUUUUUUGCUUCUCAUUUCUAAACUCUCUUCAUACUCUUUCACAUGAUUCUUGCAUUGGUAGUUGACAAGCUUUUCCAUGGUUGAGUCUGAGGUGGGAACCGGUUUCCUGCAUAAUUUGCAUGGUACAGUUUUCUGGUCCGUGUCAGACUUUUCAUAACCAGGCUACAUGCCUCAUUUAGAAAUAAGGUGCUGGAUUUGUUCUGACUGAUCUUUCUGUUUCUCAUAAUUUCAGUUCAUUUUGAAAAAUCUCAACAAGAUCUUUAGUUUUAUUGUGAAAGGUUUAUGUGGGAAAUAAACAAGCGGAUGUCGGAGCCACACGCUGGGUUUACCGUCAUUGUUGCUAACGCAACGCGUAAAAACAGUGGCUUCAAAAUGAUGAAAAAAAUUGAUCAUAAACAGUUUAUUUUGCAAAACAAGCGAUAGCGUAAUAUGAAACCAUAGACGUUUUCAUAUCAUCCGAUGUAUAUCAUUAUAUCGAACAGCCCUACACUUAACUCAGAGUACACUCAGUUGAACUUCGUCUGAUCAGCUGUUUGGGACUUGAAAACUCAGAUUUGCCAUUGAGUUUGUUGAACAUGUUUCCUGAAAACGGGCAUUUAUCACCUCAUAAUUAGAACUGUCUCAGGGAAAACCUGAUCUUAUAUUUCAUGACAGUUAAAGUUAUCUAU